AUGGCCCAGGCAGAGUCGGCAGCCUACACGCCCACAGGCGCUGGGCUUUCGUCGACAAAUUUGUCUGAUGAAGAAAUUUUCGAGAUUGAGCAGUACAGGAAGAUUGUGCAGCUUCGCGACGCUAUCUUGUCUGGCAGACAUCCCACGCUGAAGGCUCCACCAGGGUCGAACACAUCGUUAGAACCGUUGUCGCUUCGAAAAAUCGCGCUGGAACCGAGAGCGGAGGCAAAGCAGACUGGCAGUAGCAAUGGCAAUGGCAAUGGAGACAACUCCUCCGCUGCUUUUACCCAGCCUAAUUCUGGCCCCCCCGAGCUGAAUCCAAUCUUUCUGGAAAAAUCUGAGUCGCUCGUUAGAGCCGAGCUGCAGAUUCAGCGGCAGCGCUUGGAACGCGCCAUCAAGGAAGAAGUGGAACAACGUCGGGCUGCAAAAAAUAGCCCGGCAGAGCUCAUACCUGACCUCGAUCUAUCUGAUGUGCUCGCAAGAGCCCUCGUUUUGGCUCAGACUACAUCUGCGCCAAUCACCCAUGGUGAGAACUUGACCGCUAACGCCGAAACCACCAGUGAUUCUUUGGACGACAGCACUUUUUAUUCGUCUCGUCAUGAUACUCCCGAGUCUCAUCUAACCUCACGUAUUCGUAAUCAAUCUGAAGGAAUUCAAACUACUAACUCUCAAGAACUUGAUGUUGGAGAAGCCUCUCAACAGGCCAAAAAGUUGUCACCAAGGCCUCACGAUGAUAAUGGGGAUACAACAACUGGAACAUGUCCACCGCGGCCGAAUGAGACCAACCAUCUUCCGACGGCAAGCGCUUCUAGACCUCCUUUCGUGAGCGUUGUUCCCGGGCUAAACAAUUACGUCCAGGGAGCCGGCCAAACCAGGAGCAAUGUGGCGAGCCAAUCUGGAGAGAAGGAUCAUUUGGACGUGGAAGCAGCUAAGGCUUACGAGCCAUUGAAUGCCUCCCACCACCGUAACAAUGAACAUCUUGACAGCCACCCACCGUCCCCUCUCGUUCGAAACCACACCUUGCAGCCUGUUGCACCACAGCCCACUCACCCUUCGGCUCUUAGCGCGUUAGCGACUGCAUCGUCGACGGUACAUGAUACGCCCAUAGUUGGUGGCCGAAGCGGUAUGGGCACUCCUGCACAAGUUGCCGCACUCAGAACCGAAUCGAACAUUGUAAUUAGCCCCGAUAGCUCAUCGCAGGGCGGAAAGAAAAAAGGGAAGAAGAAGAAGAAAAGGAAGGCAGACAGGCAAGCCCCAGAACCUGAGGCAGCCCCAUACAUCAAACCUGAACCUAGAUCACCUUCACCGUUGACAGCCCCGUCCUAUCUCCGCCCAACCAAGCGCCCUAGGCAUGAGCAAGAGCCGCUUGCCACAACCCAGCACGAACCGCGGUAUGUUCAGGAUGAUGGAGUCCAGUACAUAACAAGACAGUACAGAGAAGAGCCCAUACCAGUAGGAUAUGCCAGACCGGCUGCUCACCAUCAGCCGCAGCCUGGUGAUGUACGGUAUCACAGUGGGGAGUACUACGAUGUGCGACAGUUCCGUGGUGAAGAUUUAGGGCCUCGUCCGGCACAGGUUGAACACCCAACAAUAUCGUACCCGGCUCGAGCUACGCCUGUUUCAAGAUCAAUUUCGCGGGUAAUGGUGACUGAUCCGUAUCCGGCUCCCUCACGCCAAUACCGUGAAUAUCGUGAUGGCCCUCGAAUGACCGGCCAUACAGAGGGCGACACCUUCAUCGCACCCGCGAGGUCAACCCAUACAAGGAUAUUGGUCGAUGCCCAUGGCCGUGAGUAUAUUGAGCCACUCCAUCACUCACCAUCCCGCAUCUCUGCUACUUCCCCUUCCAGGCAUGGUGAACAUGAAGUGCUGUACGAACGCUUACCGCCCCGUGCCGUGUCUCGCCAUCCUGCUCCGGGGCCGUAUGAAGAUGACGGCGUUGUUUACGCAUCAUCUAACCAAGCCUACGUCGUGCCUCGCCGUGUCGUAACACAGCCAGAGUAUGUCAGCCACGAUUACAGAGACGUAUGGAAGAGGGAGAUUUCGGCGAGGGCGCCACCGCCUCAUGGGGGAUUUGUCCAAGUAUUAGCUCCGUCGGAGAGAAGAUACAUUGAAGAAACCUAUGGAGGUGGUCAGUCCAGUAUGCGUCCAGUGGAAACCCUUCGAUAUCAGCUGCCUGCGGAGUAUGGACGCGUUCCUAGUGUCCGACCAGAGGCGCAGGGGACAGCAGAUUUCGGAGCCACUGCCCAUCCAGAUGGUCACCAUGAAGUGCUCCAACCCUAUAUGAGAGAGUAUAGGCCUGGCCAAAUUCAAGAGCCCGUCAUGCAGCGGGAGUUUAGCGUUCGACCAGGGGAUCGUCCCUUAAACGGGCAACCCCGGACCGGGGAAGAGACUGCAUUUAUUGAGCGGCCUCGUGGAGCCACUCAGGAGAUAGUAUAUACGGACGAUGUGAGGCGAGAAGUGUAUAGAUGA